AUGAUUCUAAGCAAGCGCAGCAGUAAACUGGGGGCGCUGCGGAACUACUACAGCGUGUGGGUGGGGUACAACCAAAAUGUGCAGCAAGUGGGGAACUUCAAGAAUAGCUUGAACUACCUGUUCAAGCCAAAGAGCAUUGGAGUGAUCGGAGCGACAGAGAGGGUCGGUUCUGUGGGAAAUUCCAUUGUCAAGAAUCUUAUGCAAGGAGAGGAAACUUACAAAUUAUAUUUUGUCAAUAGGAAGGGAGGCAAGGUAUAUGACCGAGACAGCUACAAAACGAUUGGCGAGGUUCCGGAAGAAAAUAUUGAUUUGGCAGUGAUAGCUGUUCCACGGGAUCACGUCCUAGGAGUCAUGAAAGAAUUGAAUAGUAAAAAUGUGAAAGGGGUAGUAAUUGUAACUGCUGGGUUCAAAGAAACGGGUUCAGAAGGAAUAAAAUUAGAACAACAAAUUAUAGAUGUAGCCAAAAAUAAUGGAAUAAGAAUUAUUGGGCCAAACUGUUUAGGUAUUAUACACUCGUAUCACAAUAUGAAUGCUUCCUUUGCAGAUAAUAAGAUAUUAAAAGGGAAUUUUUCUUUAUUAUCACAAAGUGGAGCCAUCUGUUCAGCUGCAUUAGAUCUGUCUCUACAACACAACAUUGGAUUUUCACAUUUCAUUUCUGUGGGUUCUAUGUGUGAUGUACAAUUUUAUGAAUUAGUGGAAUAUCUUUUUUAUGACAUGAACACCAAGUAUAUCUUACUCUAUGUAGAAUCGAUUGGAGACAUGAAUAAAUUUAUGGCUGUUUGUAAAAAGGUAUGUUUAUACAAACCCAUUAUCCUUUUGAAGAGUGGUAAAACAGCUAAAGCGGCAGAAGCAGCUAUUUCACAUACGGGUUCUAUGGUUGGAAAUUAUGAAAUAUUUUAUGCAUCUAUGAAAAAAUUAGGGGUUCUGGUUGUAGAUAAUUUUGAAGAAUUAUUUAACAUGUGUAAAAUUCUUAACUUGUCGAGCUAUCCCGAGACGAAUGAAGUGUGUGUGGUGACGAAUGCAGGAGGUCCAGGAGUACUUCUAGUGGAUAAUAUAACAAGGAACGAUGGAAAUUUGUCCAAGCUGAAUGAAGAUUUGAAGAAAAAGCUAGAUUCUUUUUUACCUCCUUCAUGGAGUAAAGCGAACCCAGUUGACAUCCUGGGAGAUGCAUCCCCAGUGUUGUAUAAAAAAACAGUCGACGCAUUAAUAAAAGAUAAUCAAUUCAAAAAUAUAAUUAUUCUCUUGUCUCCGCAAAGUGUCACAGAACCAAUGAACACUGCAAAGGAAAUUAUUAAUGUGAAGGAUGAUAUGACGAAGCAAGGAAAACUGAUCCUGUGUAACUACCUCGGAGGCACAUCUUUAGAAGAAUCUACGAACCUUUUAAAUAAAAAUAAUAUCCCUACCUUUAUUCACCCUGAACACUCCGCACAAAAUUUAUUAAAGCUUUAUAAAAAUAUGAUCCACAUUCAAAAUCUGUAUGAGGAAAUACCUACCUUUUUGGCAGAUGCAGAACAGAAUCAUUAUGUGAAUGGAAUCAUUUAUAAGCACCAUUUUGGUAACACCACGAACUUUGGUUGUGGAGAAGCGGGACAGGAGCAAGCAGGCAGUAAACAACAGCACAGUAGCGGUGGUAGUAGCGGUGGUGGUACGCCAGAAGAUAUAAUACAAAAUGCGCUCAAAAAUAAAAACUACAUUUUAAAUGAAUUUGAUUCGAAGAAAAUUCUUCAAGCAUAUGGCAUCCCAACAGUUUCAACAGAAAUAUUCCACACCCUGGAAGAUAUACAAAAAAAUAUUUCUAGCAUUGCCUUCCCAUGUGCGAUGAAAAUAUAUUCAGACACCAUUACACACAAAAAGGAUAUAGGCGGAGUUAUUCUUAAUAUAAAAAAUCAGGAAGAGCUCAUCGAGGCCUAUAAAACUGUACAUGAAAAUGUAAAAAAACACAAGGUAGAAAGUGAAUUUAAAGGAGUCACCAUACAAACCAUGAUGAAUACAAAUGACGGUAUAGAGUUAAUUCUAGGGUAUUAUUUUGAUGCAAAUUUUGGACCCGUUUUGCUAUUCGGUUCAGGUGGAUCCUACGUGGAAAUAUUUAAAGACAAUGUGUUGUUGAUCCCACCACUCAGCUACUCAUACACACACCAUACGAUGAAGGAGACAAAAAUUUAUCAUGCCCUGUUAGGAAAAUCUUCCAGGUUUAAAAAAUGUGAUAUGCCAAAACUUAUUAGCCAAAUUAUGAAUUUUGCUGACCUCAUUAUGGAUCUCGUCCCCUACAUUAACGAGUGUGAUAUAAACCCCUUGUUCGUGUCGGGUAGCGACAUUGUUGCCUUAGAUGCUAGAUUCACUCUGCGCAAAAAUGUAAAUGUGGACUCGUUCCAGUCUGCAAAGAGCAACCCUCUAUACAGCAGCUUUGCGAAGAAGUACCCAGUGGAUAUGGUCUUUUUUGGUGAGGACGCCUCAGGGGAUAACACGAAAAAGGGCGAUGCAUCACAGGCACAGAAGAAGGGUGCCUCUAGUGAAGAAGCCACCUCCCCACUGCACCUACCCAGUCAGUUCAAUUCCAUCACCAGGUCUAUCCACCCCUACGAUGUCAAACUUAUGCACGCCUUCCUCCAAAGCAACGCAAAAGAGUUACACCAAAGUACCUUCUUCUUCACCACGGAGGACAGCAUAAAGACGAAGUUGUUUGCCUUCGAGCUGUGCAAUGCGGACUACGACCUGUACAAUGUCAUUCUACACAUGCAAAGCAAUAAGGUUACUGGCUUGGUGAAAACAGAAAAGAGACAAGACGCCAACCACUGCUAUACUUAUGCAACCGAUGCGGCCACCUUUACUCACUUGAUGCAGAAGCUACAUGCCUUUUCCAUGAAGCAAAAUUGUACUUCCAAUUUUGUUUACCUUAAGAAGGACUCCCCGUUUGCGGAGCAACUCAAGUCCAUGUCCUACGCGCUGGACUACGAGCAGGGCGAUGUAGCCUGCUACGUGGGCGCCACCCAAACCGGGGCCUAA